AGGUCACCACACUAACAACAACCCCAUGAUCAAAAAAAAUUAAACGGCCAAACAUAAAAAUAAAAAAUACAUAGUUUAAUUAGAAACAGAUACAUUAGUUUACCCACCAUCACACUUCAAAAGUCAGGAUCUCCCUUCAAAAGGGUCAGAAUCUUCUUAUCUUUAUAUCAUCCUAAUUAACUUCCCCUUGCCUUCGAUCAUACCAAAGUCUAUCCCCAUACGCAUGUAUAUAUAUGAUUCCAAUUUCCAAACUUAUACUUAAUAUGAUACUACCAUUUAUUAUAUCAUAAAGUUCCUUUCAUUAAUCAAGGUUCAUAAUUGAGCUACUAGCUCUUUAUUGUUUCCCCUGAAAAAAACAUAAUUAAUCGUUAUGUUUCGGUUAUUCAGUUAUUACUUAAACUUUUGGUUCUUGUGUGUGGCCCUCUUUCUUUGGCGCCCAUGUUUUCCCGCGAGGAUAAUACCAGAAUCAGUAACCGUAAUAACAACCACCGAAAAACACAACGCCACGUGGCACGAUUUCUCAAAGUUUUUACACGCAGAAAGAGGAAGCCACGUCAGCGGCAUGGCGGAGCUCAAGAAGUUUUUCAACCGUUUCGGUUACCUCUCCGCGCCGGAAACCACGCCGAAUUUCACGGACAACUUCGAUUCAAACUUUGAAUCCGCCGUCUUGCUUUAUCAGAAACAGCUCGGUUUACCGAUCACCGGAAAACUCGAUUCCGAUACCAUAUCAACCAUCGUAUCUCCGAGAUGCGGCGUUUCCGAUAGCACUACGAAAAGAAUACACGUCACGCGUCACUUCGCAUACUUUAACGGUAAACCGCGGUGGCUUCGCGGUUCCCCGAUGACUCUUACAUAUGGUUUCUCACCUUACAACAUGAUCGACACGAUAAGCUUAACGGAAAUCCGAACGGUUUUCGAGCGUUCGUUUACGCGAUGGGCGUCGGUGAUUCCGGUGAGUUUUCGUGAAACGGAGCGAUACGAAUCGGCGGACAUUAAGAUCGGGUUUUAUAUCGGCGAUCACGGUGACGGAGAACCGUUCGAUGGUGUUUUGGGGGUUUUAGCGCAUGCUUUCUCCCCACAGAAUGGAAGAUUUCAUUUAGAUGCAGCUGAAAAUUGGGCCGUUGAUUUUGAUCACGAUGAUUCGAGGGUAGCCAUUGAUUUGGAAUCAGUGGCAACGCACGAGAUAGGUCACGUGCUUGGGCUGGGCCAUUCAUCUGUAAAGGAAGCAGUGAUGUACCCAAAUUUGAGCCCAAGAAGGAAGAAAGUUGACUUGAAAAUUGAUGACGUGGAAGGUGUUCAAUCACUCUAUGGGUCAAACCCAAACUUUACUUUUAGUUCUUUGUUGCAGUCUGAGGAUGCUUCCAAUGUUGCCCUUGGAUUCCAAACUGGUUUCUCUAAAUGGACUUUCUCUUUGCCUCUUGUCUUGUUGAUAUUAUUUUUUGGUUCUUGAAUAUUUACUUUUUUUUUUCAUUAUUCCUCUUUCAUACAUGUAUUUUUAUUCUUUGAUCUAUGUAAAAAGAAAAACAAACAUUAAAGGAUAGAAAGCAAAGUUGAAUCACAUGGGCUAAACCCUAAUGAUUCAUAUUUUAUGAUAUA